UUGAGGUGUCUGACUUCACAUCGUUCUGCCAAUUCCAACGAAAAUUAUUUUACAAUUAUAUAAAACAUAUAGAAUAUGCAAUAGACAUGACCGAAAUCGAGCAAUCAAAAGAGAGCAGACUUGUGUAAACGAGAUCAGACAGGUCUCUUGCUGCAGCAUAACUGUGUGUGUUUAUCUGUUACACGCGAUUAUUGAUCUCUUCUCAACUAUAAAUCACACAACCUAAUUUAGUUUUCCGUACUAAAGAGAUGGAUGUGGAUGUGGAUGUGGUGAGUUUCCAUUUGCCCGGUCAUGGAGAUACCGCCCUGAAUAACAUGAACUCUCUUCGGUCACAUCAGCACUUCUGUGAUGUCACCAUUGUGGCGGGGGGCAGACACAUGUUCAGGGGUCACAAGGUCGUACUGGCUGCUUGCUCUGCGUUUCUUAGGGACCAGUUUCUCCUGAACCCCUCAUCAGAAUUACAGGUGUCGAUGUUGCACAGCUCAACUGUGGUGUGUGGACUCCUCCAGUCCUGUUACACAGGGAUGCUGCAGUUCAGUGCCAAAGAGAUUGUGAAUUACCUGACUGCAGCCAGCUACCUGCAGAUGGAGCAUGUAGUUGAGAAAUGUCGAGGAGCCCUGAGCCAGUACAUGCAACCCCGGAGUCGCAGCCCGAUGACUGUAAAAACAGAAGACCCUCAGUCUAUGCCAGUGAUUGUCAGUGGAAGUUCCCAUUCAUUGGGAUCCAUGUCGCCCCCUUCUGAUACUGCAUCACUGCACCCUCACAGCUCUGGAAAGGAGCUCCCGGCUUCCGAUGCCGAAUACUCCAACAUUCAGCGCAGAGAUGCCAGAGAUUUCUCCAUGCAUCAUGUUAGAGCAUCAGAACAGUCUGGCCAUUUCGAAGGAGAGGACAGUACCGAGAAUGACGUCUUUCAAGUACACAUUAAUGACGAACAUCAACACCUUGAGAAGACCUCUGGUGCUGAAGAGGACAGAGAAGCUGUUGUCGUGUUAGAUGACCACUGUCAGGACUUGGACUCGGGUGUGGAGGAACCCAGUAUGGAGGGUCGCUUGAAAGGAAACAGCCUGAGAGGAGCAGCCCGCAUGUGGAGGCGAAGACAUGGCGAACACAGGGGAGGCAGAGGAAGAGGUUUCAAACACAGGAAGCGGUACACUUUCAAAGAUCGCAAACUUCUGGGUAACUAUCAGGAGGUUUGGCGCCUUCCAACCCCAGAUGAGAUCAUAGGGAAUUUCGGAGCGGACUUCGGGGCCGAUUUCCUGUCCAAUCAGCAUCUCACAGACGGUUCCCUCCACGUCGAGUACAGGGUGGGAGAGGGACAAGGGGAAGAGGGCGGCUCUGAUGGGGGUCCUGCACGCUUUGGGGUGGAAGGUUCCAGCGGGGAGGAGGGAAUGGGAGUAAGGACACCUUCAAACGAGCGCAGCACUGCCGACGAGUCAGUGGCAGUGGUGGGUUCCACUUCUUGCGUAACGGGAGCAGUCGUAUGUGAGCACUGUGGACUGGCGUUUUCUUCAACACAAGACUUAGCUGUGCAUUCCCUGGCGACACACAGGCUAUACGUGUGUUCGUGCUGCGGGAAGAACUUCAGCCACUCCAGUAACCUCAACCGCCACAUGGUCGUGCACCGCGGAAUCGCCAAGCUCCACUGCUGCCCCCUGUGCCAAAAGACCUUCACUCAGAAGUCAACACUGUGCGAUCACAUGAACCUCCACAGCGGGGAGCGCCCCCACGUGUGCGCGUACUGCCAUGUCAGCUUUGCCCACAAGCCUGCUCUGCGGCGCCACCUGAAGGAGCAACACGGAAGGACCACCGCCCAAAACUACUUGGAGAUGCAGCGGAAUAAUGAGGGUGUGGCUGGAGGUGUUGGAGGAGGAAUUUAAAUCGGCGAUAUGGGUGGUUACAGUUAAAGUCAACAUGAAAUAAAAAAUGAACCUAUUUACUUUCUUAAAACAUGUUCUGGGUCUUAUUGUGUAAUUUAGAAGUACAUGUUAUUCCAAAUAAAAAAUUCUGGACCUUAUUACCUUUCAUCAAAAUAUAAUAACUUGCUCUGCCUCUCAAACGUCUUUGCUUUCGGGUGAUGUCACCUCGUGUGGGUGUGCUAUAAGUUAAUGUUAACCAAUGUUAUUACACAGCUUUUUAGAAUGCUCAAUUCUGAUUGGUCAGUUGCGCCAUCCAGCGGCCUGAUAUGAAAGAGAUAUCAGACCGGUCAUCUGGGUAUUGUGAGUCAUCUUUCCUACUUCUCGUAUUUCUCUGUGAUCUUUAUAAGUAAGCUAAUAAAACAAUUAAAACUCAAAUAUUAUAUCCAUUUAUUUAUUUAUUUUUGGCAAGUAGUUGUAUAAUAAGCGGGAUAAUGGGCAGUCACACAUCAUUUUCACAAUAAACAACUUACAGAACUCUGACACAAACCGGAAGUGAAAUUCAUCUGUUUCAAGAGACUCCGUGAUCUUUUACUUCUCACAUAAUGACAAAUUCAACGCAAAUCAAUAUUUUAUGUCCAAUUAUUUAUUUAGUUGGUAGCCAUAUAAUAAGUGGGAUAGUGUACAGUCAGCCUCCUGAAAUGUCGGUGCUGGUGGAGUUUCAGGGUGGAAGUAGUUCUCCACAAUCGACUGCAGACUCACCAUCAUGGCUGGCUCAAUUCUGGUAUGGAAUGCCCCCUUUUCAUUUACAAUGCCACUCUAUUUUUUUUUGUUUCCAUUGAAUAUCCUUUGCCACUUGGAAAUACAACAGUAACAGUACAGAAGUAAAAAGUUUUACAAAUGCCAUUUCAUGUUGACUUUAACAGCUGUGUAACAAUAAUGGCUACAUUUUGGCUUUAAAGUUUAAAUAUUCCAGUUGCUACAAAGUGCUACAGAAAUGUUAUUCAGAAGUAAUUGUCAUUGUGCAGACCCUAAUACUGUCAAAGCAUUUGAACUGUUUUGCCCAGAAAGACUGAGUGGUGUUGCUUAUAUACUGACUACCACAUUGGAGCACAAAUGCUACAGCUACUGUUUCAUUUCAGGUA